GGUGCCGGGAUCGGAGACGCGGGGCGGGGCGGGGUCUCCCUGGCAGCCGCGGAGCUCGCGGGGCUGCCCCCCCCCCCCGCACAGACAGUCAGCAGCGCGUCGUCCCCGCGCGCCCAGGCAUCAGCAGUGACGCGCCUGCUGAGUCCUGUGCAGCGAGCGAGCGAGGUGCCUGGGGUGGGGGAAGGGGCUGGAUGCAAACAAAAGCCCAUAAAGUGCAUCCCCCCCAGACACCUGAAACCAGCCCCUCCGCCGCAGGGCUCCCACGCGAGACGCUCGCAAGCCCCCCUGGCACCUGCCUGGGAAGGUGGCGCAGCAGCACCUCAGCCCCAUCACAUGUAGCUGCGAAGUGCUUGUUUUUUGCAACCCACCCGAGCAAUCCCAAAAUGCAGCUUUGGGGGUUGUAAACUCCCUGGGGGCAAUGACUAGUUUGUCUGCAAAGUGCCAGACAUACCGGUGAUCACAGAAAGAAUGAUGAACUGUAGAACUGCUUUGUAGGGAGUUCCCUGGUAGAUAAGGGAUCAGGGUUGGUCUUGGCAGCUCUUGUUCAACCUGUCUUCAGAACUGGUCUUUUUAUUCACUUCGGGAUUGGGUGGAAAUUAAUUCCCUUCUAACACAUACCACCAGGGCCUUUACCUAAUCGCUGUUUGGCUCCAGAGUUUAGUAACAAGCCCUUAGUCAGUCUUCUGGUAAUGUGACCGUUGUGCCUGCAUUUGGCAAUUAAAAGAAGGGAAGUAGCAGUUGAUUAGUGUAGACCUGAAAAUGCAACGGGCUGUCAGGAUUUGGCUGUUCGGGUCUCUGAUUUGUGCUGCAUGGUUCGUUGAGAUUGCAACUGAGGGGCAUAAAGGUGCACAACCAGAAGUGACUACCAAAUAUGGGCGACUUCAAGGAAAACAGACCAGCGUGAAAGGAACAGACAGGCUCGUGAAUGUUUUUCUUGGAAUUCCUUUUGCAAAACCACCUCUUGGAUCCUUGAGAUUUUCCCCACCACAACAAGCAGAGCCAUGGAAAGGUCUGAGAGCUGCAACUUCCUACCCACCAAUGUGCCUACAAGACACCGAGUGGAUAAAGACAUGGACAACAAUGUUAAAAGCUGUAUGUCCUCCCUUAACAGUUUCUGAAGAUUGUUUGUAUCUGAAUGUUUACACGCCUGCCCAUUCAAACAAGAAGGCUAAGUUACCUGUUAUGGUGUGGAUCCAUGGAGGAGCUUUGCUGCUAGGUGCGGCUUCGAUUUAUGAUGGGUCAGCACUAUCUGCCUAUGAAGAUGUGGUGGUAGUAGCUGUCCAGUAUAGGUUAGGUAUCACUGGAUUCUUUAGUACUGGUGAUGAACAUGCUCGUGGAAACUGGGGCUUAUUGGAUCAAGUGGCAGCUUUGCAGUGGGUUCAGGAAAAUAUUGAGUUUUUUGGAGGAGAUCCAGAGUCUGUUACCAUAUUUGGAGAAUCUGCAGGAGGAUUUAGUGUUGGAGCACAUAUUUUAUCACCAUUGUCAAAAGGUUUGUUCCAUAAAGCCAUAUCACAAAGUGGAGUUGCUCAGCUUCCUGGCUUCUUUAUUUCCCAUCCUCAAGCAGUUGCUAGUGUAAUUGCUAAUAUAUCUGGCUGUGAGACAACCAGUUCUGCAAUGGUUCACUGUUUAAGGAAGAAAAUGGAUAAGGAACCAAUGACCGUGAGUGCUGAUCUAAUUAAGCAAGUGGCAUAUAUCCCUGCAGUUAUAGAUGGUGUGUUUAUUCCAAAGAAACCCGAAGAGCUGCUGGCUGCCAAAGAAUUCAGUACUGUCCCAUAUAUAAUAGGAGUAAAUAACCAUGAAUAUGGCUGGAUUAUUCCUUCAGUCACUAUACAGGCAUUUAACUUUUCUGGCAUAGAAGAAGGGAUGGAGAAACAAGCCAUAAUCUCAUCAUUGCAGUCAACAUGGUCACUAUUGAACUUUCCAUCUGAAUCUGUGUCUGUGGUAGCAGAUGAAUAUUUAGGAGACACAGAUGAUCCUGCUGAGCUGCGAGACCGAUUUCAGGAUCUGAUGGGAGAUAUCCUCUUUGUUAUUCCAGCUCUUCAAGUGUCUAAAUAUCAUAGAGACUCUGGCGCUCCUCUCUACUUUUAUGAAUUUCAGCAUCGACCCAGUACUUUUAAAGAUUCUAAGCCAGAUUUUGUAAAAGCGGAUCAUGGAGAUGAAGUUGGCUUUGUUUUUGGUGGGCCGUUCUUGAGAGGUGAUUCAGUCAUAGUUGCUGAUGCUACAGAGGAAGAGAAACACCUAAGCCGAACGAUAAUGAAAUAUUGGGCUAAUUUUGCACGAAAUGGAAAUCCUAAUGGCAAGGGAUUGGUGGAAUGGCCACUCUAUGACUUGAAUGACCAAUACCUGGAAUUAAAUUUAAAGCAAAAGAAAGCAGAAAAACUGAAAGGGAACAGAGUGGAGUUCUGGACAAAGAUCUUCCCUGAAAAAGUGAAGGAAAUAACUGAAGAGAAGAAAGAGCACUCAGAGUUAUAAAUGAUAAUGUUUAAAUUUGUAGCUUUCAAUUUGUCACAACAAAAUUCUACCAGAUAAUAUUGGUUCAAUAGAAAAAGUUUAAUCAUGUUAGCACAUUUUUUUUAGUUUGAUUGAGGGAAAUGAGAGCAAAGCUCUGGACACUACAGAGAUUUUGUUGCUAACUAGUGAAAUAUGUGACAGAGGAAAACUCCAGAUCAUUUACAUUAAAUAAUGGGAAAUAUUAACAAUUGAAACAGUGGAUUAACUCCCCAACAGAAAUAAUUGAGGCACUGUCACUAGGAAUGUUGGAGGGGAAGACUAGAUAUAGUAUUUAGGGAUUUAAUGUAAAGGAUAAUCUUGUAUUAGAGGAAGUACAGGGAGAUAAAACUCUGUAUCUCAGGAAGAGACCCAUCAUCUGAGCUAUGAAUCCAACAUGGUGUGUAUCUUUUAAACAGUAACACGUAUUCCCCUCAAAUAGCUACAUUUUGAUACUGGACUGGAAUAAAAUAUUUGGAACAGAAAUGAUUUCAAAUAUCAGAAAAGUCUGAUGGGGAAAUAUUAAAAAUAUAGGGCCAAAGUAUAUCCUGAGAUGCAUGCUUCUGUUUUCUGUUUCCUCAACCAGACUUUGAAUGAUGCUAGAUAGGGCUUUUUAUUUUAUAUUAAUGUUUUGGAGGAUUUUUUUUUCAAAUUGUAAAUGGAAGAUCCCACAUGCAAAGGUUGUUAGCCAAUCUCAAUGUACAUACACAUAUAUGUAAUAUUGCUGAAAGCUUAACCACACUCUCUCAUAACCAAACACAGUGCAAAUAACUCACCAAGAAAAGAAACAUUAACAUCUUUUUCCAAAAUUAAAAAAAUCUCUUUUGCCAUCUGACAUUCUUCAGUAAUAUGCACAACAUUCUAUUUUGUAUCAGAUAAUUUCCCUUUGUUAUUCAUUUGUCUUUUACUCUUCCCUGGAUAAAUCAAAGCAAUGGAAAAUGAAAUCAUCUGAGCCACUGAAAUUUUCUUUGUUUACUGAGACUUCAGAUUUUAUGUUGUUGUGUGUGAUCAAAAAUGGAUAAAACGGAUAAAAAUUUAAUACAAUAACAGCAAUAAAGAUGUGAUACUCAAACAAAAAUUAGUUGCAUGUAUUAAGUAACUAUUUAAAGACACAGCAAAAGUUGUCUCAGUGUUACUCACAAUGUUACAUACUGAAAUGCUCAUCAUACAAAGACAGGAUUCUGCUUAUAAUCAAGACAAAUAAGUAUGUAUAGUACUGCAUAUUUCAGCCUGGAAUCUCUCCUUGGAAGACACCUUCAGAAGCUCUUCCCAUGAUGUUUAUACUGUUCUGAAAUUGUUUUCAAGCAUGUUAAAUCCAUCCCUGCAGGGUGGAUUAAGGCUAAGGCAGGGUACUUAUGAUUUGGAACUCAUGGUUCCAGCUACAUCAAGAAGGCAGAGCAGCCAGAAGCAACACACAGCUCAGAUGAUUGCUGUGGACCAGCUGGGUUGAUUCAUUUAGGAGGAAGCUCAAGGAUUCAGAUGUGCGAAAAGGAAGAAAAGAACCCAUCUGCAGAAGCUGAAAAGGAAAGUCCAGCCUGAAGAGGGGCUGGACUGAGAGAGGACUGCUUGUGAGAAACAGAAGCUUGGUGGAUCUGACCCCAGUAUGCUGGGCCGGCUCUAAGUUUUUUUUGCUGCCCCAAGCAAAAAAAAAUUUA